GAAGAAGCUGAAUCAACGAAGCAGGGAUCGAGAUUGGAGAGUGGGUGGGAGUCUCUGGGAAUCCACAUAGCUGCAAACUCUGUCCCGGAGCUUUAUUAGCUCAAAUCUGCCAGCCAUGCAGUCUGACUAGCCCGGUCCAGGCACAGAAGACGAGCGGGAUAUAUCAAGGUUUAUGACACUAUGGCGCUAUGACAGGGAUAUAUUAACCCUUCGGCUGUAUUUGAGACUCAGGAAUAAUAACAACAACAUCUGGCUAACAAGCUAACGAACAGCUGUCACCCCGGAAGGCCGCCGCGCCACCACACACCGGGCGGGGAUCUAACUUUCUCUGUCCGGGUCUGGACUGAGACAACACAAAGGGGCUAGCCAAUGAUAAAUCUGUGUUUAUUCUUCAUCGGUAAGAAUGGAGUCCUCUUUGGGAAUAUGCGAGGAGGAGUGCUUGGCGACUGUGAGAAGUGAGGAGCUGAGGGCUGGCAAGAAGGAGUCCAGACUACUGUCUCUUAUAGAGCGCAGUGGUGAAUUUAUAUUAGGUGUUUUGGCGACUCCUGAUGCUGUAGUGUCACGUCCAGUGGCUCAGCUGUCCAUACCCAUCAAUGACAAUUUUGAAAUUGUAAGAGAAGCUGAAGAGGCUCUUCUUAUAAACUUCUCAGCAGAUCCUUGUGUCCGGGUACGAAUCAAAGGCGAGAAAUCCCCAGAGCUGCUGCUGGAACUCCAGGAUGAUGAGCGGACUCAGACUUUCUUGGCCCAGGUGAAGAGUGCUCAGCAACAAGUUGAAUCAAAACGCAAAAAACCCAAAGCAAUGGAGCCUCUUGCACCCACUGCCCUGAGAGGUCCAGUCCCAAUCCCACCACAAAGAGUUAACAAGACUGCUAACUCUGUCAACUCUGGAGUCAAUGCACCCAAAUCUACCAGUGCACUGCCUCCCAAUCUCAAUAAUGUUCAAUCACUCGCCUCAGACUUCGGCUUUGAGGAGAACUUCAAUAAUGCUCUCAAAGUGGAGGAAAAGAAGAACCAUCAGAAUCGCAUCGUCGCCUCUAGGGAGCCUCCUCCUGUCCCUCCUCUACCUCCUCGCAAAGCGUCCUACGCUCCAUCCAGUCCUCUGCCUCCUCCUCCACCUGUCCCCAAAGACAGAGCUGCCUCCUUACAGGCCAAAGACAACUCCUUCACUGCUAACACCAAACCAGAUAGUUACAGGUUCGGUUAUGACCGCACAGACAGGCCCUCGUCUUGGUGUGACAGCCCAACCACAAACAGCAUGAGACAGGCCAUGUUUUCCAGCCAGGCCGGACAAAGAGAAUACCUCAUCAAACACCGCCUGGGGAAGAAAGAGAACGAGUAUGUGGACAUCCAGACCUUCAAGUUUUUCACGGGUACAUGGAAUGUAAAUGGCCAGUCUCCUGACAGCAGCCUGGAGCCAUGGCUCUGCUGUGACACAGAACCUCCUGAUCUCUAUGCUCUUGGUUUUCAAGAAUUGGACCUGAGCACUGAAGCUUUCUUCUACAUGGACUCAUCUAAGGAGCAGGUGUGGGUGGAGGCUGUGGAGAGGAGCUUGCACCCUAAAGCCAAGUAUAAAAGGGUUCGGAUCAUACGACUGGUUGGGAUGAUGCUUGUGGUCUUUGUUAAAAAGACUCUGAAGAAUCACUUAAAAGAAGUGGCAGCAGAACAUGUGGGAACAGGGAUCAUGGGGAAAAUGGGGAACAAAGGUGGCGUGGCAGUGAGGUUCGUUUUCCACAACACCAGCUUCUGCAUCGUAAACACUCAUCUAGCGGCACACGUGGAAGACUUUGAGCGCCGCAACCAGGACUACAAAGACAUUUGUGCCCGCAUGACCUUCCACUUACUGGACUACCCUCCUCUCAGUAUCGUCAAGCAUGAUGUGGUUAUCUGGCUCGGGGAUUUAAACUACCGUCUGUUUAUGUACGAUGCUGGUGAGGUCAAACAGCUCAUUGCUAAGAACGAGCUAAAGAAGCUGCAGGAGGUUGAUCAGCUAAAUAUUCAAAGGCAGACAAAAAGAGCCUUCACAGACUUCAUGGAGGGAGAGAUCAACUUUAUUCCCACGUAUAAGUACGACCCCAAAACAGAUCGCUGGGACUCAAGUGGGAAGUGCCGUGUCCCGGCUUGGUGUGACAGAAUCCUGUGGAGGGGCAACAAUGUCAAGCAGCUGAAAUACCGGAGUCACAUGGAGCUGCAAACGAGUGACCACAAACCCGUCAGCUCCGUCUUUAGCGUCGGGGUUAAGGUGGUAAACGAGGAGCGUCACAAAAAAGUGUUUGAGGAGAUCGUUCGGGCGAUGGACAGAAUGGAGAAUGAUUUCCUUCCAUCUGUGUCUCUGAGCAGAAGAGAGUUUGCAUUUGAGAAUGUGAAAUUCCGGCAGCUUCAAAGAGAGCGCUUCAUGAUAUCAAAUGACGGGCAGGUCCCCUGUCACUUCGCCUUCAUCCCCAAACUCAACGACUCGGUGUAUUGCAAGCCUUGGCUCCGGGCCGAGCCCAGCGAUGGAUUCUUAGAACCGAACGAGACCCUGGAAAUCUAUCUGGACGUGUAUGUGAGUAAAGACUCGGUCACACUGCUGAACUCCGCAGAGGACUCCAUAGAGGACAUCUUGGUGCUCCAUCUAGACCGUGGCAAGGACUACUUCAUUACCAUCUCUGGCAACUACCUGCCCAGCUGCUUCGGCACCUCGCUGGAGACUCUGUGCCGCAUGAAGAAGCCAAUCAGAGAAAUCCCCAUCACCAAGCUCAUUGACCUGGAAAGGUCAAAGGUGAGCUUCCUGAUGGUGGAUGGUGCAGGCACUGAGGACGUACCUCUAAAGAUCCCCAAGGAGGUGUGGAUUCUGGUCAACCACCUUUUCAUCAAAUCCUGUGAUCAGGAGGACUUGUUCCAGACUCCAGGCCUACAGGAGGAGCUGCAGAACAUCAUCGACUGUCUGGACAUCAGCAUCCCAGACACCAUCGUCGGCUGUAACCACUCUGUCGCUGAGGCUCUGCUGAUCUUCUUGGAAGCGUUGCCGGAGCCUGUGGUUUGUUACGAACUCUACCAGCGGUGCCUCGACUGCUCUCAUGACAGCCGCCUCUGCAAACAGUUGAUCUCCCAGCUGCCCCGAGCUCACCGCAAUGUGUUCCGCUACUUAAUGGCCUUUCUGAAGGAACUCCUCAAGCACUCGCACAACAACAACCUAACUGCCAGUCUCAUAGCGACACUCUUUGCCAGCCUCCUCAUCCGACCCCCUCCCAACCUGGUCGGAAGACAGUCACAACACGAGCGACAGAAAGCCAUCGACUUCAUCCUGGGUUUCCUCAUGGCAGGAGACGAGGACUAACUGAGGUGUCUGAAGACUGGAGUCAGGUUUUAGCGUUCACUUCCCAGCCUGAUUUCCUGAUGGGGAAAAACUAUCCCGGACCUGUGGGACGCUGUGUUACAUGAUCCACUUGGUAUUUCUAUCAUCACUUGGAGACCAGUGCAGCUUCCUUUGCACCCUACCUUCACAAACACUCAUGUUAGAUUAAGACUUUCAUCAGAGCUAUGAUGCUUUUACAGAGUGUCAUAUCUUCAGUUGUUUCACAGUUCAACUACUUGCUGGACUUGGAAAGCACUUUGGGGAGGUUUGAACUGAUGCCUCUGCGCUUUCUGAUGACCUGAAGGCCUCCUGUCCUCUUCUGACCCUUCAUGUCGUCGGUGCUCAUGCCAAAAUAAGCCCUGGACAGUGAGUGGUGUGAAUGUGUAAACACUAUGUUCCCCUAGGUAACAGGCAGGAGACUCUAUUACACUAAAAGAAAGGAACGUUUAAAGAAGUAGACUGAAUAAAAGUAUACUGUUUAAACCAUUGAAUAGUUUAAAGUGGGAUAAUCAAGGAAACCUAUAUACUAAGAAUGUUUAAGCUUAGGAUAAAAUAUGACAAUCCUCUAUUCUGCAGCAUUUUAACUGAGGGGUCAGUGUUAAGAAAUGUGGAUUCUUUGUUACCAUAUCCUCUGUAUUUUAACUGUUAUUUAUAUUUUUCAUCUGAACAGUCGGCUUUAUUUUCAGCACCUCAUUGGUUUUUACUUUUUUCACUGGAAACAUUGAUCACUUGAUUUUUUAUCAUCCUGUCCUAGAAGAGUCUCGUGUCGUGAAGGUUUGCUGUGUUUUGUGUAACUUCCGCCAUGAGCCUUAUAUCUUGUUUUGCAAGUUUCCUCUUGAGUUACAAAACAAGUCUGUUAACACACUAACUUCCUGGUCCACCAGAAUGGAGUGAAGAGUCGCCCUCUGUGCUCUCCUUAAUGUCUUAAAUGGUGUAAAUAAUGUCUGUUUCCCUGUUUCCUGGAUAUUUGACUGUUGGUAUGGUGGUGAAAAUCUGUGAUGGUGUCUGCUGUUUGUCAUGAAGAUGGUACUGUUAAUGUCUGUGUUUGUUUACUCAUCUUUUUUUUUCAUUUCUGACACAAACUUAAGCUUGUUAUUUGUUAUUUUAGGCCUCUGUGCUGCCAAGACACAGCCACUCUGUUCCUCAUUUUAAAUGCAGAUGAUAAAACUCUAGUUUUAAGUGAUGCAGCGUUUCCUGGAUGCAGCUUUAGGAAGGCUUAAUGGCUCAUUAAUCUGCAGGAUGCAGCCCAUCUUUGUGCACCUUUCUCAUUAGUGCCACCAAGGAUUUGUUUCUGAAGUCACUGUUGCAUAACAAGGCUGUGUAAAUAAGGAACUUCUGCGCAGUGUAUAAUGAACACUAUUUCCUCUUCUUUUACCCAGGAGAUGUUAACAUUGGCUUUCCAUGUGAACAAAGUAUGGCAUUAAUUCUCUCUGCUUCAGUAUCUCCUGUAAUGAAAGGAUGCAAGAAACUCCAGAAUAGCUCAUAUGUGGAGACAAUGUCACAACACUGACAAUCAUGGCACUUAUAUAAACACAUUCUGGGCUGAAGCGACUCUAUUCUUGUGUAGUAGGAACACUUUGUUGUUAUUCUGAAUUGGGAGAACCAUUUUACAACAGCCGUUAAUUUCUCACUCUGUCUUUGGAAAUACCGGCAUCAUCAUGUCAAAUACAAAAUCAAUAUAGUAAAUAACUUGAUUGUAAUCAGUCUUACACCACUGUACCAGCUGACAUCUUUGUGCAGACUCAUUGUACUUAAGUUUUCAGUUUUGUCACACUCAGUUCAUUAUGUUACGGUACAUUUAAAGGUAUGCAAAGAAACACUUGCACCUGUUUUCAUCCUUCAGAUUUUGUUUCUGAUGCUUUUAAUUUAUUUAACAGAAAUAAAACCAUGUAUAAACCUG